UUCAGAGCUCGGCAAGUGUUUAAUGGCAGUGCCAUUGAUGGAAAAUUAGUCAAAUUCGUUACCCUUUUUCUUCUUAUUAUUAUUCACCACAAAGAAACGGCAGAAUUCAUCAUCGUCGUUAGAUUUUAAUUCCUCACUCGCUCCUCACCUCAGUGAGAGAAGAGAGACUGAGCCUGUAAAGCGAAAAAGCUGCAACCUUUUUUUCAGCCCUACAAUCAAGGUUCCCACAAAUUCAAAAGUUUGAAUCUUCUCAAAGCUAUUUGUUUUCGAAGUUUUGAAAAGCACUGUGUGAGGCAGGAAGAAGAAGAGGGAGGAAGAGUGGUGAAAAUGGCGGAGUCUGGAGCUUGUCUAAUGAGAUCCUUCACUCACCCAUCCAAUUCACUCCGCGAAUCUCAAGAGUUUCAGGGGGACACUUUUAGAGCACUGACGGACUCGGUCUCAUUUGGGAGAUUCAUGUCGGAGUCAUUAGCUUGGGAGAAAUGGUCAACUUUCUCACACAACCGUUACUUGGAGGAAGUUGAGCAGUUCUCCAAACCGGGCUCCGUUGCUCAGAAGAAGGCCUUCUUCGAAGCGCAUUACAAGAAGAGAGCCGCCAUGAAAGCUGCAGCAGCAGUAGCAGAAGCCACAACUGAACCAGUAGCUGCCCCUGCUGUUGCUAAUGAAAUCAGUACUGAUUGUUCUAGUGAUGUGAGGAAUUCGGUUUCAGUUGUUUGUCCAGUUGAUGAUGUGGUUAUGGCGAUUGAGGAGCAGCAGAAUAGUGGAAAUGACUCGGAAGAAACAAGUAGCUGUGGUGAUGAGAAUGUGAUGGACAAUUCAACAACAUCUGUGGAAGAAGAUGACCACAUGAUUGUUAAAGAACCAGAAGUUGAGCUCGAUGAGGAACAAAAUCAGGCGGAAACUACCCAGCAGGUAGAGAAUGCUGAUGAGAUGAAACAAGUAACGCCAAUUAUCAAGGAAGCUGCUGCUGAACUGGAGGAUGUGGAUAUACAAAGUAACAAAAGAAGGAAGAGCUCGGCUUCAUCAUCGAGUAAAAGUGGAACAACAACUACAAUUACUACAUCAAGAUUCUCAAUCUCAAAGUCUGCUGCUAAACAAAAGACAAGUUCAUCAUCCCAGACGAAAGCUGGAACCAAGAAGACUGUUGGUGUUGGGGAAGAAAUGUCAGUUGAGAAGAAGAGAACAGCACCAAAGGCUAUCCAUAUGUCCAUAAAUUUCGCUUCUAAGUUGUGGGAAACUGGUAAAAGUUCCCUUAGGAAGCCUAGAGAACUUGCAACUGCUCCAAAGAAUGCUGCACCAAAGGCAUCUGUUCAUCAAGACCAAUCAAAGCUCCGCGCUUCAUCAAUGAUGGCUAGAGAACUUCCACCUGCUCCAAAGAUUGCUGCAACAAAGGCAUCUGAUAACCAAUCAAAGCUCCGCGCUUCAUCUGUGUUGGCGAGAGACCUUGCAACUGCUCCAAAGAAUGCUGCGACAAAGGCAUCUGUUAAUCAUGACCAAUCAAAGCUUUCUGCUUCUUCUAUGAUGGCUACUCGCCAAGCAGAUGAUAGAAGCAGCAACUCGAAAUCUUCUGGUACAAGUGGAAGCAAAGCUCGUCCGCCACUUCUGUCAUCUCCUUUCAGCUUCAGGAGUGAAGAAAGAGCUGCCAGAAGAAGAGAGAUUCUGGAAGAGAGAAACAAACUCAAGGAGGCAGAAAAACUGCAGUUGCAAGCAAAAUCCAAGGAGAAAAAUGAGCAUUACAUGAGAAGUCUGAGACAAAGUACUACUGCUGCUUUCAGAGCAAGACCAAUUGAAGAUUCGGGUCCUGGAUCACAAUCAUUCAUGAAUUCCCACACAAGGAAGCUACAGAUCCCAUUGACGAGACCUCGCUCCCCAAAACUCGGAAGGAAACCAUCCCCUGGUGUUUCAAUGACUUCGGAUAGCUCCAAAAGUGUUGUUCCAAAGAAUCGGCCAAGCACAAAUCGUUCAUCAGUCAGUAUACUACCCAAGAGAAAAACGCACGAGAAUGCCUCGCCAAACAUCCAGCUUUGAAUUUGUUGAUCUCUCUCACUGCAUCAAUGGAGUGUUUGCUAGUGAGUGUGCAUAUGUAUUUGUUCUCAUUUGUAAUUACUCGCUGGGAAGAGAGAAGCAGAAGGUACUUCAAUUAUACAGCACCAGAUUGAAAGUUACUUAUAUUUGGAUAUCAGCUGCAGAUAAAUGAGUUUUGGGACUACUACUAUUUUGAUUGAGUAAAUUGUAUUAUGCUAAAUAGAAGAACU